AUGGAGAUAAAGGACUGUGAGAUCCCAGGCCCAGAUGAAGGACCAAAACCAGGAUCUCGAUGGAAGCUCACGUUCGAUGGUUCUUCCAAUUACAGUGGUCAUGAUGUGGGAGCUGUUUUGAUGAAUCCAAAUGCCGCAAUUGAUCUCCGAAUCAAGAUCUUUGAGGUGUAUGGAGAUUUAGCUUUGGUGAUCUAUCAGGUCAAAGGAGAAUGGGAAACUCGUGAUGCGAAGCUGAUCCCGUAUUGUGCUCAUGUUGUAAAGAUGAUAGAAUACUUUGAUGAUAUCACUUUCCAUCACAUCCCAAGAGUAGAGAAUCAAGUGGCUGACGCUUUGGCAACAUUAGCAUCAAUGUACCAAGUCAGAUUCCAUAAUGAAGCUCCACUUAUUCGAAUCGAGCAAAGAUAUGAGUCUGCUUACUGUCAGCUGAUUGGAGAAGAAACUGAUGGUAAACCAUGGUUUCAUGACAUCAAGCAAUAUCUUUUAAGUCAAGAGUAUCCAGAAGAUGCUACAUUGUUGGAUAAGAAAACUAUGAGGAGGUUAUCGUCCAAAUUCUUUUUGAGCAAUGAUGUACUGUUGAAGUUCUGUUUGAAGGAAUUGAAGCAAGAAACCGCACCAUUUCCAACUGUUGCAAGCUUGAGUUCUCACAUGGCAGCUGUAAAAUUUCACUUCCUCGUGCAUCUUUGA